AUGCGUCUAGAAGCCAAAGUGACUGAAUGGAUCCCUCAAAUUGCUUCAAACAAAACCCAAGCCAACACUAUACUGCAGCAUUUGACUAAGAAUUUCAUAGAAGAAAAGAAUCAUACUAAUUCCACCAGAGCCUUGAAAUUUCCAGAUGGGACAAGUGCUACUUGGUAUAUACUUACCAUCUUUGGUAUAUAUGGCAUCAUAUUUUUCUUUUUGUUGGCCAGCAAUAUCCUCCAGAAUGAAAAGCGCUUGGAAGAUAUUUAUUAUCCAAAUCUCACAACUGAGCUUAAAGUAAGUGGGUAUGGCUGAAAGAUUUUUAGAGGGAUCCCUCCUCUAUGCUUAAUUUCUCUUGGUUAUUUCACUAACAGGUAGUAAAGUGGUACUACUUUAUUUUUCUCUUUUAUUUAUUUUUUAUUUUAUUAAAGCUUUUUAUUUUCAAAACAUAAUGUAUAACAAGUUUUUAAUGUUGACCCUUGUGUUCCAAAUUUUCCCCCCUUCCCCUCACUGCCUCCCCUGGCAAGUAAUCCAAUAUAGUAAACAUGUACAAUUCUUCUAUACAUAUUUCUACAAUUAUAGUGCUGCACAAGAAAAAUCAGAUCAAAAAAGAAAAAAAUGAGAAGGAAAACAAAAUGCAAGCAAACAGCAACCCAAAAGAGUGAAAAUGCUAUGUUGUGAUCCACUCUCAGUUACCACAGUCCUCUCUCUGGGCACUCUCUUCAUCACAAGAUCAUUGGAAUACUCAUCUCAUUGUUGAAAAUAACCACUUAUUUUAGGACAAUUGUCUUUAAUUAUUUAUUCUGUUAUUAUAUCAAAAUUUUUUUCAGGUAGCUCAAUUAUUUUUAUGUUUUCUCUUCUCUAUCUGUUCUCCAGAUCUGUUAUUUUUCUUAUGUCUUUCCAGAUGGAUGAAGGAAAAAAAAGCAGUAACAGCAAUGUUCUCUGUCUUGCUCUCUCAAACCAUGUAUGGCUUUCUCUCACAUCUUAUAUCUGGUAGGAUCUGGCAAGGUCUUAGGUCAAAAUAACCCAAUUUCAUCCUAUUUAUAGGCAUAGUGGGGAAAACAAUUUAUUAUUUAUUUAUAUUAUUUUAACCUAAUUUUGUGCGACUGGAAAUGAUCUACUUCAAGACUGUAGGAUUAACUAAGCUCAGAGGAUUUCACAUUCAAUAGGCACAGACUUAAAGGUGAAAUACAGAAAUUUAUUACUCCUCAGAAUCUUGAUUUAAACAGGAUAUAAAAAAGAGAAAAAUUGUAGUAUAAAAUUAAUGUGCAAUUAACAAACACAGUGAUCACCAAGAUAAUAUAAUAAACAGACAAUAGACAACAUACAACCUACAUCAUCAUCACUACAAGGAAACGUCAAUAUCUGAAUUCCAAUAGCUGGAAGAACUUGGGUCAUAGCUAUCAAGAGUCUUAAGAUGGGAAGCUUUGUUAGGCAAGUGGUACCCAACCUCCUAACUGAGUUCCCCAAGUCCCUUUACACUAAGAGGAUUUUAUAGUCUAAGAACAAAGAAGGCACCAUGCUAAAUCUUCUCAGUUGAUACAUGACCCUUGAGACAUAGCAGCCUCCCCUUAGGUACAAGGAAUGCUCUAUCACAAGAGGUCCCAUCAAAAAGAAUAUUUGUUUAUUCCUUUAGGAGGAUUAUGUUUACUCCAGGCAGUGGCCAGAUUUCCAGGGUAAACACAGACUUAUCAUAAAGAAUGUUCAUUAAUCAAGGGACCAGGAAGAUGGUCAAUUUUCUUAAUGUUUCCUGAAAUCUAUUAGAUAACUGGGAGCAUGUUCCAAAGUUCUCAGCAAACAAAUUUACAUAAAGGCAUAACUGAGACUCACUGGGAUUCCUCACUAGGAUUCCCUACAGUAGAAGUGAUGCUGACCUCAGAAAUACCUAAGGGAAGCCAGAGACACUGUAAAAAACACUUAGAUCCUGCUCAGGUAUGAUUUUGUGUCUGCCCACCCAGAUCUUGAGCUCACCAAAAAAAGCUUGUGUUUAGGAUUCUCCAAUAUCUUGUGUUUUAGCUUUGCCCAAAUUUUAUUAAAUGUUUAUACAUACUUGCUGAUAUACAUCUCAAGCAACCUUACCAGAAAAUUGCCCUUUUUUAUAAACUGUUUAAUAGUUAUUUGCUGGCCACCCAGCUGUUUGUCCUUACACCUUUGCUUAAUAUUUAUAUCAGUGUUUCUCAAACUUUUCUUCUCAGUAUUCCUUUAUACUAUUAAAACUUAUUGAGAAUCUGUCCAAAGAAUUUUUGUUUAUGUGCAUUAUAUUUUAUAGAUAGUUACAUAUGACCAUAUUUUUACAUAUAUUAUUUUUAUAAAUGAAUUUGUAGACCCUCUGAAAGGGUUUCAGAGACCCUAGAAUUCUUUGGACCACACUUUGAAAACCACUAAUCUAUAUAAUAUAAACCCCAUAGAGACUCAAAAGAGAAUCCACACUUUUUCCACUUCUCUUGGCCAAAUGAUAAUAAAAUUAUUUUUUCAGGUUUCAGGAUUUGUUUUUGACUGACAGAAUACUUAUGUCUCUAAGGUUAGCAUUAUGUCCUCAAUGCACAGAAGUCAUAAAUGAAUAAAUGAAUUUUUAUUUUUAUAGUUCUAGUUGCCUUGUAGCUAGACUCACUCACCAGCAAUAUGAUUUUUGGUUUUCAUGUAUAUACACAUAUGAAGGCUGAGGUAAUUGGGAUUAAGUGAUUUGCCCAGGAUCACACAGCUAGGAAGUAGGAAGUGUUAAGUGUCCGAGGUGAGAUCUGAAUUCAGGUACUCCUGACUUCAGGGCUGGUGCUCUAUCCACUGUGCCACCUAGCUGCCCCAAAGUAAUUUUAAAUAGUCAUUUGAAUUGAGCUGGAAAUUAUUCCCUCCUCCAAUAUUAUUAUAAAUGAUAAUCACUGAGCCUCUGAAGCUAAGUAAAAGGUAUGAAACUCUUCCCAAAGAGAAGAAAGCUUGACAUUAUUAGGAGGAAGUAGCUCUUUGUCUUCUAAGGAAUAAUUAUGUGGCUCUACAGGUGCUCUCAGGUGAGAUUUCACCAAUAAAAGUCUGAGGAAGAAGAAACACUAGUGGUUAUUAAGUGACUUCCUGUUGAGCAGUAUUAAGGCAGUUACUUGUCUUCAGAACAGAACAUAAGUGUGCCUUGUGGAUAAGGCAUAUAUCUAAGACAUAAUAAAGAACCUCCCUUGUAAGACAUGUCAAACCAGAUGAUUAUGAUACAAUUCUAAUGACUUAAUUGGUCACAAAUGAUACUCCAGGACAAAACUAGAAAGCAGUGUUAAAGAUGAAUAGAAAUCUUGAGCAUUUUUUUGUGUUUAGAAUUUAUGUUGAGAGAGAAAGAGAAAAAGAGAGAGGAAAUAAAAGAAUAAAAGAAACAAAAAGGAAGCCCAUUAAUUUAGGAACAGCAGGACAAAAAUUAUGAAAUUUUAACAUGAAAAUAUGAUAACUGUACCAAAAGAAGUGAUGAAUGUGAGAAAUUCAGAGAAACAAGGAAAAACCUAAUUGAGGUUUAUUCAGGUUGAAAGUUAAAACUCAAUAUAAGUUAAGGAGAUGAUAAGAGAGCACUCUUGAUAAGUUCAAGUCACCAGGUGUGACCAAAUAGCACUUUGAGGAUUUGAAAGAAAUAGAUGAUGUUAUUGCUAAAUCAUAGAACUGGAGAAAGCAAAAGUCAUAUUUUUUUAAGAGAGGGAAAAGGCAGGGGGAUCUGAAAAUUAUAUGGCAGUAAGUUUAACUUUGACUCUUGGUGAAAUUUUAGAACACAUUAUUAGAGGAAUAAUAAUUAAAUAUCUAGAAAAUGAAGUAGUUAUCACAAAGCAUCAGCAUGACUUCAUCAUUUCUUGACAAAGAUACUGGAGUGGUUUACCAUUUCCUUCUCUAGUUCAUUUAUAAAUGAGAAAACUGAAGUAAACAGGAUUAAAUGAGUUGCCCAGAGCCACACAGCUAGUAAAGUUGGAUUUGAACUCGGGAAGAUGAGUCAGGAAGAUUCAUUCUGUUCACUUCACCAUUUAGCUGCCUCAGUAGUUAAGUUGUACAGUAUGUAAGUUUGCUUGGAGUACAGGGGGUAGGAAAGGGAGUAACAUAAGUAAGAAUGAAAAGAUAGACUAAGGUCUUCUUCCUUUGUGGUGGUAAAACUAUUAUACUCUGCUUUCAAUUCCUCUCUUAAGAUAUCAUUCAGAGGGAUCAUUUUGAUAACACUGUCAAGAGGCAAUUCCUUCAGAUUUAUUGUACAGCUCCCUAAAUGCUAAGCAAAACAUAUUUGCUUGCAGGAUUUAGUACCCACUAAAGACUAUCCUAGAACCUAUCUAUCUAGAAUAUUUCUUUUAUGUCUUU